AUGGAAGGAAAGGAAGGAAGGAAGAGGGCGAAGGAGGAAAGGAGCGCUCCGAACCGUAGUCGCACGGCAGCUGAUUGGCACACGGCGCGGGGACCAUGGGCACCAAAUCCCGCGGUACGCACCACCAGUGGUUGGGUCGCUCGGAGGAUGUUCGGUUCCGGCGAUAAUACCUUGAGUUACCGUGCGGUGAGCGGCAUGUGUACCGGGGCUCAAAUUGCGCUGCGAUACGGAGUAGCUUUUCUCGCGUCUUAUUGGGUCGGCGGGGCCGCCAGCUAUGUCCUUUCCAUGGAUCAGACCUCCUACUGGAGCUCAUACGAAGGGGCAUCGAAGAUAGACAGAGUGGAUUCAACCCUCUGCUUCUCUUGUCUCAAAAUGCGUGCCCACCUAACCACGCUCUCCCCUCCGUCCUGUGGAAAGGAGUGGAGGUCACUAUACACGGGCGGAAUGGGAGGGGAUCCAUUAGGCGGUGAGCCUGGUUACCGGGAUUACCGUCACGUUUGA